CCCAUCCCCAUCCUCCGCCGGGUCAGCUGCUAGCACCAGCCUCCUAUUUUCUUCUUCUGCAAUUGAAAGCAUACUAACAUUCCUCUAAAUUAUUAUCUCCAUCACAGCUCAAUCAAAUCUCAAAAAACACAAAGCAACUAAAAUACCGAAAAUAUGUAGCUAGAAUUCAAUUGAAAACACUGCUCUCCACACAACAAGAAACAAGCACCAGUCGAGUGUUCAACCAGGGCAACCACAACAAAUCAGCCUCGGCCAAAUUUAGCCGGAAACAAAAACACGGAACCAAAACGCCCGGAGAAGACAACAAAACCUCGAAGCACGAAAGAAAAUAAAAUCACAACCUGAAACCCGCGGAAUUGAAACUCCAGGACCCCCUAAUAGCGCCGUCGCCUUUAACAACUUGAAACAACCUUGCGAAGCCGUUCAGAUUUCCGCUCCGGAGGGCCGUCGAAGUCCCCACGUAGCUAGGGUUUUCCGCUGCGGCGCAUUCUACAUUUCUCUCAAUUUGCAUCUCAAGACUGGGAGUUAAUUAUGGUUAUUCCUCGUUUUCCAAGUUGAUUCGAUGCAUCCAGGCUCCAGCCUUUCCUUUGCAGAUUUGAUUUAUGAAGACACUGUUAACUUUCAUCAAUUUGCAGCUGGCUUCGAUCACAGUAUUGUAGAACUGGAAUAAUGAAUUGACGGAGAGAUGCAUUUCCACUGAAGCGCGAUGGGGACGGAACCUAACGUACCGCCGGCGCCAUCUUCAUCGCCGGCAGCGACGGCAUCCUCAUCACCCAAUGCCAAGAGAAGUAGAGACCCUGAAGAUGAGGUAUAUGUCGACAAUCUCCAUUCACAUAAACGCUAUCUAAGUGAGAUAAUGGCAUCAAGUUUAAAUGGACUAACUGUUGGAGAUAACCUGACUGAUGAUAGCCUUGUGUAUUCUCCAAGGUCUGGAAGCAUGUGCUGUAUUAGAGAUGAUGCAUCUAUACAGUAUUCACCAAUGUCAGAAGAUUCAGAUGAAUUGCCAAGCUAUGAAGUUUCUAUGCACAUUUGUUGUUCAUCUCAGCCUGAGAUCACUCCAACCAGUCCCGUGUCUCCUUAUAGGAACCACCAGAGGUCUUUUAGUGGGCUCUCACCAUUCUCUCAAUCCACUUUAAACCCACCACCUGGAUGCAACCUACCUCCCGUUGCAUCCUCGAGUGCACGUCAACGGGGCUCAGACUCUGAGGGCCGGUUUCCGUCAUCGCCGAGUGACAUAUGCCACUCAGCAGACCUCAGGCGAGCAGCGCUUUUGAGGUCUGUGCAGAUGAGAACCCAUCCUCAUGGAGCAGCAACACUUUUUGAUCUGUCACUGCUUAGUCAUGGUGGCCAUGAGCAUAGUUUGGAAAUUGAAGAGGGUGAUGAUUAUCAUGUUGAAGAAUGCCCAUCAGUGAGAGUAUCAGAAUCUGAAACCCUUGAAGAACAUUGUGGGAUAUCGGAAGUGUACUUGAAAGGGGGUUCUUCUCAUGAUUAAUCAUUUGUAUGUGUUGCAACUUCCAAGUUAUUAUUAACUUAUUAGUGUAUUGCCUGUAAUCCGCUCUUCAAGUUUGCGCAAAGAAAUGUCUUAGGGGUGUGUGUUAUUCUACAAUGUUAAAUUCAUUCUUUACAAUUCUUUGUGGUAUUGGACAUGGUGAUUGAUGGUCCAUUGGUCCCGAUCCCUGAAUCAACACUCAGAAUCUCACAUCGUAUAUGCCAAAUGAAGUUGUGUGUGUAUCUCAUGUUCUU